GUUAUUCGGCCUCGGCUUGCAAAGCGAUAGAGACGUGUUGUUGUGCUUCUGUUCAAAGAAGUCGGUCUUUUGUGCAGUAUGUGACCAGUUGUUCAGUGAGAAUAUGGCGGAUUUAGUGUAUUAUGUUUGCUUUGUGUUGUUAUCCUUCCAGCAGGAUGUAGCUGGAUCCACUGAAAGAACUGAACAACAUCCUGCCAGAGACUUCAGCCGCCAUACGCUCGUCAAGCCUCGGAUUUACCACGGACGAGAGAAACGUCAGAUCUCAACAAGCAAAGACGAGAAUGGACCAUAUCACCUCGACCACUUGACCAUAUCACUGCCAAUCGACGGCGAAGACUUCCUCCUAGACUUGACCUUGAACAGACAGCUCAUACCGAAAGGAUUUUUUCGGAAGGUUCAACAGAACGGAACUCACCAAGUCGUACGACCCAAGCAGGAAGAAGUCGACUUGUGUCACUAUGGGGGGAAAGUCAGGAACAAACCGGGAUCAUGGGUCGCUCUAUCCACAUGUGAAGGGCUGUCGGGAGUGGUUUUUGACGGGAACGAAAUGCACUACAUAGAGAAUAAAGACGGGGAUUCACAUUACAUGUACAAACACUCGGAUCUGGUGGAGGGCAAUAAGACUUGCGGGUAUGCGGGGGAUGCAGUCGAUCCCGAAAAAAGCCACGAUCACAAUAGAAUACUUAGGUAUAAAAGAGCUGCGGAACAAAACGCACUGGUGAGAGGGCCCUACAACGCGAAUAAGAAGUCCAAAUACGUGGAAUUAGUUUUAGUAGUUGACAAUCGCGAGUAUAAAGAAUUGGGUGAGAGUACAAGUAAAGUGGAACACCAUUGCAAAACCAUUGCCAACAUUAUAAAUGGGCUCUACGCCCCUCUUAAUAUAUUCAUAGCUUUAGUAGGUGUAGUUAUUUGGACGGAGCAUGAUGAAAUCAGUUUUUCCCCAAAUGGCGACACCACCCUGACCAGCUUUCUUCACUACCGACGCAACAAACUAGUCAAGGAACACCCCAACGACAAUGCCCAACUCUUAACGAAAUACAAUUUCGACAACGGCGUCGUCGGGAAGGCCCUCAAAGGGCCGAUUUGUACUUACGAGUACUCGGGGGGUGUCAACACUGAUCAUUCCCCGGUCGUGGGACUCGUCGCCACAACAGUGGCUCACGAAAUGGGCCACAAUUUCGGCAUGGAGCACGAUACGAAUGAGUGCACCUGUCCUGAUGAUCGAUGCAUUAUGGCUCCCAGUAGCUCGACAGUGGCGCCAACCCACUGGUCGUCCUGCAGUCUCAACUACCUCCUUCUUGCAUUUACUCACGGCAUGGACUAUUGUCUUAAAAACAAACCAACGGCACUUUUCGAUAGCCCGGUUUGUGGUAACGGUUUCGUGGAACCGGGAGAACAGUGCGAUUGUGGGCUUCCUGAGCAUUGCGAUAACACUUGCUGCAAUGCAACCACGUGUAUGUUGCACCCAAAUGCCAGUUGUGCAACUGGCGAGUGCUGCGAUUUGACGACUUGUAAACCUAAAUCGGCGGGUACUUUGUGUCGAUCGGCCGAUUACGAAUGUGAUUUGCCGGAGUAUUGCACCGGUCAUAGUGAAUAUUGUCCAGCUGAUAUUUACAAGAUGGAUGCUGAAAUGUGUGAUGGCGGGAAAGCGUUUUGUUACCACGGGUUUUGCAGGACUAGGACUGACCAGUGCAAGCUUUUGUGGGGCGAAACUGGCAAAUCCAGUGACGAUCAGUGUUACAAAAUGAAUAUUAAAGGAAAUCGGCAUGGAAAUUGCGGUUAUGAUAAGUUCAACAAGAGUUUUUUCAAGUGCAACGAUGAGAACGUCUUAUGUGGAAUGCUUCAUUGCAAACAUUUGAACGAGCGUUUGGAAUUCGGCAUGGAAUCCGUGUCUAUUUUGAGCCACAGUUUUCUUAACUUGAAAGGUUCGAUAGUGGCCUGCAGGACGGCCAUCGUCGACUUGGGCAUCAACCAAGUUGAUCCGGGUCUGGCACCAGAUGGCGCCAAAUGUGGUGAGGGCAAGAUGUGCGUGAACCAGAAGUGUAUGUCCGUGGCUAGUCUCCAACUAGCUGGAAAGACUUGUCCUCACAAUUGUAACAACAACGGUUGGUGCAACAAUUUGGGUCACUGUCACUGUAAAGAUGGCUACGCGCCGCCAUUUUGCGAAGAUCCGGGACCUGGGGGAUCCGAAGAUAGCGGCCCAGCUUCAGAUCCUGAUGCUCGCAAAGAGUUUGUCGUUGCUCUUUUUGUGAUAUUCUUGGGAAUAAUUCCCGGUUUGGUGUUGAUCGCGUUCCUAACGUAUUAUAUCAAACACAACGUUCUGCACAUUCGUUCGAAAUCAGCGGCUCCUACGAUCAAGUCACCAGCGAAAACACGCACCGCCCCGUUCGUCCCCGAUUCUGCAAAACGGACAGAAGACAACCACUCACUCUUACAAAAUGAUCCGCCCACUUCGCCUCUCCAAUGCGAAUUUUUCGGCUAUUUUAAAGGCUUCUCGAUAACGCCGUUAAAGAAAGUUGAAAAUCAACCAGCGAGGGCAGCACCACCGCCCCCGAUUGUACUUCCUUCGAAUCCGCCACCAGCACCUAAAAACAAUUUUUUGAGUAGGUCAAUGUCAAGAUCUCAUUCUUUUAAGCAAGCUUUGGCUGGAAUUAAUCAGAACGCGAGUGCUCCAACACUACCACCUCCUAAUCCUGGCAGUACGGCUAAACCAAUCAUAUCGUCGCCGAUUUUGGAAAAUUCGACUUGCACAGCGAAAGAACUGAUUUCGCCCUUAAGGAACGCCCCUAAGAUACCGGCAAGGCCCGCCCCUGAAGCUCUGCCCACUCAACAAAGGCCCUUGUCUGAUAUUACAGUGGAUGACGGGAAAAAAGGGGUGAAUACUUUAAAUAGAAUCACUUCGUUUUUGAAGAAACCUACUCCUGGCACUAGUACUAGUACUGUGGGUACUGCUAGUACUAACAUUAAUACUAGUACUUUGCCGAGAAAGGCGAGUAAAAUCAUGGAUAAGAAUGCUUUAAGGUCAAUUGAAAUUUCAAAUCCUAUACUCCAAUCUGAAGGUACUACUGUUAGUGUGGGAGGGGAGGGCAAUAAAACGGUGAUAAUGAGGGCUCAAAGUAUGAGAGGCACUAGUGUCACCCCUAGACCCAAUAUACAGACUUUUGGCUCAAUGAGACAACCAGGAGGUGCCAGACGCCCUUUAAGUAUACCCUCAGGUAGUAGACCGAAAAGUCCUCCGCCCCCAGCUCCACCAAUAUCAGACGCCCACGAAAAAAAACUGCAAAUACCAAGCCUACCUGGAUAUCAAAAACCUACAGUUAAAACAUCUCAAAACCAAUAUGACGAUUGUUUAAAUAAAGCAGCUCCUUUAGCAAAAUUAACCGAGGAAUUAAGUAGUGAUAACAUUUAUGCGGUUAUUGAAGAAUCUCCAGUCUCGCCCCCUGAAAGUGUUAAUUCAGUCGAAGACAAAACCAAAAACAGUUCAAGUUCGAAUGAAAGCAUGGGCCUUCUCGGAGAAAUAGUUUCAGAAAUUCAAAAUCGCAACUUUGACUCAAUUUACUCAACUUCUACUCUAGCACGUAAGAAAAAACAAGAAGAAGAAGCAAAAAUGAAAAGUCCUGGAUCUGACACUUAUGUCAACACUUCCUCGAUUUACAAAACACCAGAAAGCGUCUACAGCAAUAUGACAAGCUCCACCUCCAGUGGUUACAUCCUCCCAUCAGCGGUCAACCCUCCAAUCAAACCAGCCGAUCCGCCUAAACCCGAGGAACCCAAACUAUCAACUUUCAAAGCAAAAUCACGUAGUCCCACCCCUACGAAACGUGCACCCAAUAAAACCACGAUUAGUCGCCAAACCACGCCUCCCAAUCUACGGACACGCAGACCGUCACCGUCUAGACCCGCCCCUGGGGCUCCGAAGACACGCACGGCGUCCAACAGCCCGGAUGUCGUAAUCAGUUGUAACACCAAACCUGGGAAUAAAGGCCCGGAUGUCGUCAAUACGAAAAAACCAACAAUUGCUACAACGAAACCGAAUCUCAACGGAUUACCGAGAGGUCCGGUGAAACCGAAAGCGGUUAGUUUUAAUAAACCUGGAGAUAAAAAAGUAGCUACUGUGAGUAAGAGCCAAUCCGAUGCGAAAACUGUGCCCUCUGGGGUGAGGAAUGCAGCGAGGUCGUCGUCGAAUGUGGCGUCGUUGCAGCAGAAAUUUGAAAAUAAGACUUUAAACGCGAAAACUAACAAGGCGUGUUGAUUGUGAUAAAAUUGUGUCAAAAAGGCCUUAAAGGACAAUCAGUCUGUCGAGACUUGUAUAUAAAUUUGAUGAGUAAUUUAUUAUUAUUGCUUGUGUCGGCUGUUGGACGAACUUUGAUAUACUCUCGGAAAGAAGUUGCUGUUUCUGGGACCUUCUUUUAGCAAAGUAGGUCGGAAAACCAGUGAUUUCUACAGCUUUUUCAUCUGUUUUUAUGAAAUUUACUAGUCUAUCCGCAUCAUAGUAGCUUUAACCAACUAUAUGCUUGCUCAACUUGGCAGCUCAAGUUUGUAUUUACAAUUACAGGGACCUGUUUGUCCGAUAGCCUACACUCGUCGAUUUUGUUAAAUUUAAGUUUUCCUAUUACAAAUAAUGUGAUUUUUUCACAUUUUUACUUUAUAGUACACCUUUUACGUUCGUAAUUUUGUAUAUAAUACCAAAGAUUAUUAUAAUACUUGUAUUCAAAUUCUUGUAAAAUAAACGACUAUUUCUCCAUUA